GAACUCUCCGGCUCUCCUGAGAAAGCGUCUCGCGUCACCUGAAAAUGAGAGUGCUCGUCCUCGUCGCGGCGCUGUGUGUGUGCAGGGGAGCUCUAGGUGUGCAGGUUAAAGUUGGAGACGGCAGCUUCCCCUUGGAGGCAGUGAAGCAGCUGAAGGAGCUGAUGGAUUUGGAUGUCCGCGUCAGCCCUCACCUCGCCGGGGCGAGCGUCGCCACCGCCGCCGCCGCCGCCGCGUGCACCAACCCCGUCCUGCCGCAGGUGUUUCGGCCGGUGUGUCGAGGGAAAGGAGCGGCCGUCGUUUUCUCCAAACUGGUGUCGAUCAUCACGUCCAUUGAUCCUUGUGAAAUAUGUGCCAACCCCUCCUGCUUCGGGUGUCUGAAGUGAGGUCGCCAUCUGCUGGACGCAAAACAUCGGUCUGAGAGCCUGAGGGGUCGCCGGCGUCCCUGGUGUUUAAA